UCCAGGUCCUCCGUGUAUCCCAUGGUACAGCGGGCCUGUAGUUUCUGGUACUCCGUAGCUUCACUGCGGCAAUGAAUUCGCCGUGGGUCGCGAUCCUGAGGUGCUUCCUGCUCUUUAAUCUCAUCGGUGGUGGUCUCUGCAACUCUAGGAGGCCUGGAGAUGUUCCAGACGCUGAAAGUAUUGGAUUCUCUGUGCCCCUCGAACACUCAUUUGAAUUUGAUGACAGUGUUCAGUAUAAAAAGAGGGGCUCAUUCCAGUGGAGACCAGGCCGUGAAAGCACUCUCACUCUAACUCAGACACAACUGACAGAGGAGGAAAGGACAAAACUCCGGGAUAUGGCUAAUACUGAUGGGCUGUACCGGAUCAGGGUCCCAAGAAAACUGGGCAGCGAGAGCACUAAUACAGAUUACGUGUCAUCUUUUGUUCGAGUUUGCUCUCUGGUUGAGUCUCACCUCUCUGAUGUAAUCACUGUUAACACAGAUGUGUCUGGAACUAUAAUUGGUGUCUCUAUUGUAACUGUGCCUGGAUCCUGCAAUGGAGCAGAGGUGGAAGAUGUGGACCUGGAAGUAUUUAACACAACUGUGCACCUAAUGCAGCCUGUCUUGGCAUCAGCGCCAGAGACUGCAGCAUUUAUUGAGCGGUUAGAGCAUGAACAGGCCCAGAAAGCAAAAAAUCCACAGGAGCAGAAGUCAUUCAUUGCAAAAUAUUGGAUGUAUAUCGUCCCCAUUGUGAUUUUUCUGAUGAUGUCGGGUGCUCAGGAUCCCAAUGGAGGAGGCAGUGGUGGCGGUUCAGGUGGAGGUGGAAGAUGAUGUAUACAGCAAAAACACCUUAUCAACAUUUUCCUAUUGACAGUGCUUCAUGUUGUAAAUACAACUAAUAUUGUCAUAUUUGCUGGACAAAGAUUGAAUUAAUGUUCUCAGAACUUGGGACUUUCCAAACUAAUAAUCUCCAAACCACAAAUGGACAAAUAUGAACAAUUCAGAUAAACAUUGGUGAUUUUUCCAAAAAUUGAAUUUGUCAGUGUUAGAGUUCCAUGCCUUGUUGCUGCAGAACCCCAUUCCUGCCACUAGUUGCCAGCACCACACUGUAAUUGAAAUAAGGUUAGUGAAAAACAAAGUUAAAAAUCUCACAACACCAGGUUAUAGUCCCAACAGAUUUAAUUGGAAGCACACUAGCUUUCGGAGUGACGCUCCUUCAUCAGGUGAUAGUGGAGGGCUCAAUC